UAUAUGGAAGAAUACUGGCGCCAUGGCCGUGGUUGAUGUGUUGAUCUGGCGACGAGCGGCUGCCCCGGGGGGACAGAGACCUACACCCGAGUUGUUCCAGCCAGUGGUGCCACUGAGCUUCGCUCAAUGUGGUGGUUCUCUGCUGGCCUUCGUGACAGUGGACAACAAGCUCUACCUAAUGGACAGCACGUCCACUUCAAGCCCUCGGUUGGUGGAGGGCUUGGCUGAACAUGCGGUGAUUCAGGUGGCUUGUAGUCCUCAAGGUUUUCUGGUGGCCAUCACCGCUGCGGGGGCUGCCUAUCAAGUGACCAGCCCAGCAGGUCUCCAGGAAAGGGCCGAGGCAGGAGAUCCCAAGGCCAUGGUGUUGCUGAGCAGCGGCAUGUUGGCCACCUUCGGACGCCUCCAGGAGCUACCCCUCCCCGUCUCCGUAGUCUCCUGCGCCUGCGGUGCGCAGCACAUGCUGCUGCUCAGCGGCGAGGGCUUGGUCUUCGCGCAGGGCACGGGGCCGCAGCUGGGGCUGGGGGAAGUGCAGCAGGCCACCAGCCCAGUGUGCAUUCAGGCUUUGUCCCACGUGCAAGUGAGCCACAUUGCUGCGGGGACCAAGCAUAGCUUGGCGGUCACCAGCUUCGGCAAUCUCUUCAGCUGGGGGCAAAAUCACCAGGGACAGCUGGGCGAUGGUAGCGUGAUGCCCCGUGAUACACCUGGUCUGCUGGGAGAAGUGCUGGGCGCCGUGUGCGCCGCUGCUCAGCAGGCCUCCGCGGCCAUUGCCAAAGAUGGGCAGAUCUUCGCGUGGGGCUUCGCAGGGCAGAUGCUGCCCCGCGCCAUGUCCCUUGGUCGAAGGGCCAAGGCGCUCGCCCUGACCGAGGAGUUGCUGGUUUGCUGUUCCACCACGGGCGAGUUGAUCUUCAUGGAGCUAGUGAAAGAUGAGGCAUGGAUUGCACAUGACAAAGUUCUUCAUGUGUCCGCCUCAGAUCACCAUGUGGUGGCCCUUUGCGCGUCAACGCGUGCAGCGGGCGCCGAGCAAGUUCAUCAGCCUGCGGUCGGCACUUCGACCCUCGAGCCGUCAGACUCACGGGGUCCAUUGAGCGAGUCGCAACUCUGGGCCGCCAAGGAGCGCCUGGAGCGUAGCCUUCAGGAGCUGCAAGCUGAGCACUUCCUGGAGCUUUGCGGCCUGCGAUCCCAGGUUUCCGAAGCCGACGAACGACUGGUGAAGAUGGGCGUCCAGUUGAGUGAGCAGCAGCUGCAAAGCAGCCGGCAGAAGGAGGAAGAAGAUUUGGCUCACUUGCGACAGGAGCUGGAGAUCACUCGCGCGGCCCUUACCGCGGAGGCAGAGGAUCUUGCCACGUUCAGCGGCUCGGAGGUGCCUGCGCUGCAGGCAGCGCAGAGCCGCUUGCGGCUGACGCAGGAGACGCUGCAGGAGACGCAAAGGACGCUGGAGAGGAGGGAUGCCGCACUGAAAGAAGAAGUGAAAGAGAUGGAGUCGCAGCUUGCCACCCUUUCUGCCCGAUGUCAUCGUGUGGACGAAGCCUGUCGCGUGGCGCAGAAGGUGGUGGAUCAAAGCCAGGCGCACAGCGUCGAGCGACGUCGCUGUCGCAAGGAAAGGCUGAAGGAGGAGUGCCAAGAGAUGGAGCAAAUGCAGAUGCAGCUGGAAACUGAGCUGGAGGGACAACAACUGGAGGAGCAGCGCCUGGCGCUGCAGCAGCGCGUGCUGCAGCUGCAGCGCUCCCGCGACAAUGCGCGGCGGAAGGUCAUGGAGCAGCUGCGGGCGAAGGAGCAAAGCCUGCUGCAAGACGUCAAUGCCUUCUGCAGUCGUGCGGAAGAGUGGCGCCGGCUGCUACAAUCGCAGGAGUCCGAAGAGGAAAUGCUGCAGCAAGAGCUGAAGAGCCAAGCCGCACGCUUUGCUGAGACUGCUAUGCCGCUCUAUGCGCAGGUCGAGCGCCUUCACUCGCAGCUGGGGCGACAGAUGUGCCAAUGAAAA